CAAAAUCAUAAUGCUACGGUUGGCAUUCAAACGGCGCCUUCAGGCAUGGAUGUCCACGGCAACCCAUACGACUCAUUGUGUACCGUUAAGCACAAGAGCAUCCGACGACAUUGUAGUCUUGGAUUUGAAGAAACAGCGAGCACCCAGAAACGUGUUGGUUGUCGGCGACGGGAACUUUUCCUAUUCCAAGGCGCUCGCUGGCGCAUUCAUCCGUGAAGGCAUUACACCAACGACCAUCAUUGCCACGUCGCUUGACACACAAAAUGAGAUCGACACGAUGUACCCAGGGGCGUCUUCCUCCAUAUCGGCAUUGAAAGCUGCUGGUGCACGAGUACUUCACGGUGUGAACGCCACCUCUCUCGGGGCUCACAAAGCCUCCUUUGGCGUGCAUUCUGGUUUUGAUCGCAUUGUGUUCAACUUUCCACAUUUCGCCGAAGGUGGUAACACGCGCAACAAGAUCAGCAAGCACCGGACGUUGCUCACCGAGUUCUUCCAAAGCUGUCAGUCUGUUUUGGCUCCGCAUGGUCAAAUUUGGGUCGCUCUGUGUCAAGGUCAAGGUGGAUCGCCUGCUGACACCCUCAAGCGAAACGAAGGCGACACGUGGCAGGUCGUUCCAUGUGCUGCGGCGGGUCAAAUGAUCCUCCUAGACGUGGUGUCGUUCCCCUACGCAGAGUUGUCGCUGCUGGGGUACCAUAGUGUUGGGUAUCGGCUGCAAGACCGUGCAUUUCACUCGGAAGGCGGCCUCAUCCACAUAUUUGGCCCAGAAUCACCCAGUACUGGCAAACCAGCGCGAUUCGCUCAAUCGUGGACUCGUCACAUCAGUUUCUGGCGGGGCGAUGGCUACUCCCUGGACGCGUUGCAAGUUGCACUUCAACACGUGCUUGGGCCAGGCGUCGACAUUGCCUUGACCCUGCAUGACACGUAUCACUGCAACAAGACGAAUCAUACGUCCUUGACGUUCCAUGUUACGUUCGAGUCACGGGUGCACAACUUUUCGCGGCAGCGACUCAACGACAUUGUUCACGUCAUUGCACAAAAGUUGGCCGUGCUGGACGUGGGAAUUGUGCGCAGCUGAAUUCCUCGUUCAAUAGAAGUUUUGAUUACAGGCUUAGUCCUCCGGCGUACAAGACGAGAUUGCCAAUGUUGCCAACCAAAUGCAUGGUCAUGUGCCAGCGCGACGACACGUCCUUGUUCGGCGCUGCCCGAGCUUGCGAGUAGCAGUAGAGCGUCUUUAGCACAAAGCCAUAAUACACAACCUGAUGCGACGACGACGCACACCAUAGCGAUCUGUAGAUGUGAUAGGCAAAGCCAAAGAAGACGGCGGAAAUGUCCAUGUUCCGUCGCCAGCCAUGGAUGGGAUGGCGCCAGUAGUUGAGCGACGUGAGGAGAACAAGCAACGUCAUGCUACAGCAAAUCCAUAGAUCAUACUGCGCGGCGGAAUAAACUGAGAACGCGGUGAGCCAGGACGAGCGGAAGAGUCGCGUAGAAUAUUGCGGUGGCAACACAAGCGCCGUCGACGUUGCAUUGUUGGUGCUCCUGGACAUGUUGGCGAGCGAGUAAAAUGGCCGAUCAGCCCGACACGCCCGUGAAAGGAACGUUGAUUGGUUCGGCCCAGCCUUCGAACCGUCACGGCCAGCGUGCGUGUUUGAGACAAAUCGGUCACUGAAGCAA